AUGAAGUCAACCUUCUUCCUCACUCUGAUUGCUGGCCUCGCCGCUUCUGCGGUAGAAGGAUUCAACCAUGCCCAAAAAGAAGGUCGAAGGCCUCAGCCGGUGUAUGAAGUGGAGACGGUACAGCCGUCACUGCACCUCGAUAAGGUGAACUUGAAGCAAGUUCCCGCAAGCUCGGUCCUAUCAUCGCAUCAGUCUCCCGCCAGUGACUUUUACGAAUGCAGGAACACGAACCCCGCUCCUGGCGACAGCGACUGCAACAACAUAAUCGACGAAGUCUUCGCUCUUGAUCAACCGCUCAUCGUAGCACCCAACGCGUGCCUAUUAUUCCAAUACGGGACUUGCUGGGGCUUCUUCUGCGCCCUAUGCCAGCAACUGUCGACCGACACCAACUUCAUCGGCAACCAACUCAUCUCCGCCGAAGCUCUAUGCGUAGCCGGCGGACAAGCCGGUACCCUCGUCAGCCCGGAUAGGCCGCAGUGGGAGGCCGGCUUUAUCUACCAGGGCGGCAGUCUACCCACCUACAACGUCUGUUAA